CUGUCUCCAACCCUUUUCCUCCUCAUCCACUCACACCCAUCGCUCCCAACCAACAACCAUCUCACCUCAUCUACAACAUCUCAACUACAAACCCAUCAACUUCAUCAUCACCACACAACAUCCAUCGCAAUGGCCCGUACCAAGCAGACCGCCCGUAAGUCCACUGGUGGCAAGGCUCCUCGCAAGCAGCUCGCCUCCAAGGCUGCCCGCAAGAGCGCCCCCUCCACCGGAGGUGUCAAGAAGCCUCACCGCUACAAGCCCGGUACCGUCGCUCUCCGUGAGAUCCGUCGUUACCAGAAGUCCACCGAGCUUCUGAUCCGCAAGCUCCCCUUCCAGCGUCUCGUUCGUGAGAUCGCCCAGGACUUCAAGUCCGACCUCCGCUUCCAGUCUUCGGCCAUCGGCGCUCUUCAGGAGUCCGUCGAGUCCUACCUCGUCUCUCUCUUCGAGGACACCAACCUUUGCGCCAUCCACGCCAAGCGUGUCACCAUCCAGUCCAAGGACAUCCAGCUUGCCCGCCGCCUCCGCGGCGAGCGCAACUAA